AUGACAGCUUGUAUUAGUAUCUUCAAGGUAGGCUGUACCCACUUAUCUGCAUUAAGCCCUAUUCAGUGCCGUAGCAUUGGUUACCCAAUAUCACGGUAUUAUAACCUUCAAGCUCGUCCUACUUUGCUAUAUAGCCUAGCAGCCGCCACAAAUAGUGGUUACCGUAGGUUAUACCCAGCCCCGGCAUCAUCUUCUCCUACAACCCGGCCACAAAGUCACAAUGAAGUAUACCCGUCUGCUAGACGCAAAACAUGUAUACUUCGCCGUGGCUUCGUGGAUGAGACGAAGAGAAGCGACGAGGUAGUGGAGCUGAAACCAAACUACAACUCGCAGCCAAGCGAAGCUCUGGGGAAGAAAAGAAAAGAGAAAAUCAAACUCAAGGGUGUUCGGCUUGAGGUCUUUGCAUUCCUUGCCCGCUUUCAGACCGUAGUCCGUGUUCGUAACCUUGGAAAGACUAUCAAGGAUAGUCUAAUGUCUUACUGCGUCCAGGGUAGGCAGAUUAUUGCCUUGCUAAAGCCCCUGGGGGAAGGAUUUGCCAACAUCUUAAACCUGUUCCCUCAAGACCCACGGUUGGACUUAAAGAUCCACCAUAGGAUGAACUCGAUCGCCUUGCCACUAGAAAUCUUCUUUGCUGAAAGCAUCAAGGGAGCGCGUGCAAGCAUGCCAAGCACUGAAGUCAAAUGGGGUACUGACACAGAGUACCUUGCUAAGCUAGUGAAGAAUCUUCGGAAAGACCCAUUUACUACACUGGCACACGCGUACAUUCCCAUCCUGACCAGCGGAGACCUAUCUUCAUACCCUUGGAAGGGUCAUUAUCCAAGACACAAUCCUGUACAGAAAUCGAGGUUUAGAUGA